UUUCCAUACACUAGCGCCGCCCACAGUGGAUAUCGCUUACGCGUACCUGGUCCGUGACAUUCGUAUAAAAUCUACAAUGCAGCAGUACUAGGGUCAGGAUCCCAAUUUCGCGUCCAGUCAAUCUCAUACAGUCCUCCGACUCGGAAUAUCAAUACGAUGCCCUCCUUCGCUGUGAUCGGUGCCUCCCGCGGAAUCGGCCUUGAACUCGUCCGCCAACUCUCCGCCAGUCCGACCAACACGGUUGUUGUGACCGUCCGGAACAAAGAGAAGUCUACAUACCUCAACGACCUGGUGCGGCGAUCAGAGAACAACAAUGUGCAUGUCGUCGAGGCGGACGUUGUGGACCAGCAUGCCAUGGAUCAUGCCGCCGCCGAGGUCACGAAGAUCACUGGCGGAGCUCUGGAUGUUCUCGUCCAUAACGCUGCGCGCACGGAGGGAGAAAACACGAUCAAAGGCUUUUUGGAUUAUGAAACACCGGAGAAGCUUGAUGAGGAAUUUAUCGCUUCCUUCAAGGUGAAUGUCCUCGGAGUGGUCCAUACCGUCAAUGCCUUCUUGCCCCUUCUGCGCAAGGGCACGGCGAAGAAGAUCAUUGUCAUAGGCAGCGAAGGCGGAGACUGCAGCCUCGUAUGGAGGAUACGGCUCGCCAAUGCCGCAGCGUACGGGACGACCAAGGCGGCCGAGAACAUGGUUGCGACCAAGUAUGCGGCUGAGCUCGAAAGCGAGGACUUCACCGUUGCUUCCGUCAGUCCCGGCAUCGUUGACGUCUCCAAGACUGCCGCCGAGUCAGGUUUCUAUGUACCGUCCGAAGAGCUCAUGCCUACUGUCAACAAGAUUAUGAACGGGAUUCUUGCGGCUUUCCCGAAGGCUACCACGAUCACGCCCGAAGAGUCGUGCCGUCGCCUAGUCAGCUUCAUCGACUCUGCCGGUCCCGCGGACAGUGGAAUCUUUCACCCUUCGGCCGAGUACAUUGAUUGAUUCGAUCGGAUAUCUGCCAGGAUAAGUUGUGAGUAUUACUGUACUCAUCGCACUUUAGCAUCUAUGCAGGACUAAAG